ACCCUGAAAAAUCCAGAAAGAUAAUUACAAUUUGAGUUGGCGGCAAUAGGAUUGUAAUGGUUCUGAUUGGAUAUUCCAUAAUACCGCGGAAAUUCACACCUUAUGAUUGGCUCUGACUGAAUCACAUGCUUCCUCGGCAGAGAUGAGUUCCACGUGCUUUUGCUGAAAAAUUCGAAGGAAAGCGUCUAUAGUUGUGAUCUUCAGGAGUUUUCUCCAACAAUGGCAGACGAGAAACCAGCCUCAGGUAAGUCUAUCGAAAGCUAAUAAUCUAGGGUUGAUAUAAGUCAAAAAAUACUGAGCGAUUGACUCCUGAAGUUUUUAUUUUUUCGAUUUAGUGGAUGUCAUGGCUUCUAAAUUUGCUUGUAUCCACCAUGCGUAUCGAAGAAGAUGUAAUCGCCUGGCCACGAGUGUUACUUUACAAGUUUAAACCAAUUUUUUUUGUAGUCGACUCGUGCCAUUUUUAUAACGCAAAUGGAAAAUAUUUUUGCGAGGAUUGUGACUAUUGUACAAAACUGCUGUACUGCACAAACAGCUGCUAACACCAUGUGCUACCUCGCUAUCAGAAUGUUAAGAAGUUAACUUUUUUGGGGGGGGUUGAUUCGCCUUUUUUUUGCGCCCAGCGAUGAAAUUAGAUGCCAGAUUUUCAGACUGUACUGAGAUGCACUGUUUUUUAGCGUAAAAUUGCAUUGUCGGACGAAAUGGCAAGCGUACAUAAAUUUUGGUUUGAUUAGUUAUGUCUGUGAUGUGCAGAUUGUGCAAUCACCAAUUGAAGCUGAGACAGGUCACGUUCGCUUGCCCCAAACCAAAACUCCUUUUGCCCGCUGUGUGCUUAUUUGCACAACAUUUGAAGUGUUUCUAUUAUGUUUUAUUUUUAUACGUGAUCUCGAUAAAUUAGUCCUGAAAGAGUUCAAAUCAUGUAUUGUCAACACAGUCACCCCUUUUCAAAUCUUUGCCAACUAAUGAACAUCGUGUUAAUCCAUGUGGUAAUGAAAAAUAAUAUUUUCAUUUCAUUGCCAGGGAUGUGUUCAUAUUCUACAGGAUAAAUCAUGAGACUGCAACCUUUUCAUUCAGGCCAGGUCUACAAUCUACACCAAUCUGAAUCAAUUGUCCACCCAAAAUUAGAGCUAUUCAAAAACUCUCAUUACAGAGGAGAAAGUUGAGAAUGUUGGCAGUAUGUUUCAAAGUGAACUAAUUGCAUUUUGGAAGUGGAGCUUUUCAGAAGCAAUGAUACCACUGCAUGUUGUUUCUAUUAUUUUUCUUAAGCAAGUUAUGGGGUCCUUUUUAUGCUAAUGCCCAAUGAUGCAUUCGAGCAUUUUUACAGCACAUAGUUGUUGUAGUGCAGCUAUUAGUUGUAUAUAUCUUUGUUUUUUAAAAGCUACUUUGUAAAUUUAAAAUACUAAAAGUUGUUUUUUGGUAACCUUUGUAGAAAUCAAGAUUGGAAAAGAGCUGAACCAAGGUAAAACCAAGAUCAUCUAUGAAUUACCAGACUCGCCAGAUGGUAAUCAUGUGCUACUGAAAUCAAAGGACAAAAUCACGGCAUUCGAUAGCACAAGAAAAAACGACUUAGCUGGCAAGGCAAAAUUCAGCACUGUCACUACAUCUGCUAUCUUUGAGCUGCUUAGCACCUGUGGCAUCAAGACCCAUUAUGUGAAGAAGCACAAUGAUGAAGCCUUCAUUGGGAUUAACUGUGAUAUGAUCCCACUUGAAGUGGUGACUCGCCGUAUUGCCACAGGUUCUUUCCUGAAGAGGUACCCUGGGGUCAAGGAAGGAUACAGAUUUGCUCCUGUCAAGUUGGAAAUGUUUUUUAAAGAUGACGCUCAGCACGAUCCAUUUUGGACAUAUGAGGAGUGCGUGGAGGCAGAACUCACUGCAGGUGGAAGGAAGAUUGGCAAACAUGAGCUGAAUGUGAUGGGUGAAACAGCUGUCACUGUCUUUGAAAUCAUUGAAAGAGCCUGGGCAACUGUAGAUGUAGCUCUAGUUGACAUGAAGAUUGAGUUUGGGAUCGAUCGCAAGACAGGUGAUCUUCUUCUUGCUGAUGUCAUAGACAAUGACUCCUGGAGGAUUUGGCCAUCUGGUGACAAGCGUCUUAUGCGAGACAAGCAAGUGUACAGAAAUCUACCUGAGGUGACACCAGAAGCACUGGAACAGGUAAAAAAGAAUUACCAAUGGGUUGCGGGUGAAGUGCAGAAACUUAACCAACAUCAUCCAGGGCAUGCUGUCAUUUUCAUGGGCUCCCCAAGUGAUGUGGACCAUUGUAAGAAGAUCGAGUCAUCGCUAAAGGAAUUUGGCAUUCCCACUGAUCUUCGCAUCUGCUCUGCACACAAGGGUACUGAAGAUGCCCUGCAAGUCCUGCAGUGGUAUGAAGGUCAGGGCAUCCCAGUUGUCAUCAUUGCAGUUGCUGGACGUAGUAAUGGCCUUGGACCGGUUUUGUCCGGCAAUUCAGCAUUCCCAGUGAUCAACUGUCCACCACCAUCGUCCCAGUGGGGUGCACAGGACAUCUGGUCUUCUCUACGCCUGCCCUCUGGUUUGGGUUGUACCACUGCUCUCAAUCCUGAUGGUGCAGCAUUGGCCACUGCGCAGAUCUUGGGCCUCAGUGAUCAUGUAGUCUGGGGAAUUGUUAAGGGCAAGCAGCUGAACACAGCUGUGGGUCUUGCUGUGGCUGAUAAAAAGUUGCAUCAAUAG